UUUCCGUCUGAUCGAUGCUGUGCCGCUGCCGACGCCGACGACUGUUUAUUUUAGUAAAUUUUACGGAGUGAAAAACUUGAAAAAUAGCGAAAAAAGUGCUGCAUUUGUUGGAAUAUUGCGUCACAGUUUCUUCUGAAAGCUUGUAGAACGAGAUAGUGUAGGAGAGUUUGCGGGAUGGAUCCUCCGAAAGAACCAACAAAACCUGGUUUGGAAGCGGAUUCGGAUGCAGCACUAGCUGCAUCUGCUGCAAAUGCUGUGGAGCAAUGGCGUACGUAUCAGAAUGCGUAUGCGUUGUAUCAACAGCAGCAAGCUGCUUACGAGCAGUACAUGCAAAAACAGGCCACUAUCACUACUUAUGAAGAACAGCAGGCAGCCUACAAUCAGUACCUGGAGGCCCACAAUAGCUACCAGAAGCAACUGGAACAAUACGAACAACAUAAGGCGUAUCAGGAAUACUACACGAGUGGAGCGGCGGUUGAUCCUGCUGCCUAUUACCCGGCAACUACGACGGCAUACCCACAUGGUGCUGCUGGAGCCGUGGUUCCUCCGGUAUUCACCACUCCACUGGCGCAUGUCGAUCAGUUCUACAACAAAGCAAAUGAUCACCGGCGUGAUCCUUCCACGCUGAAAGAUCGAUCUUAUGUUUCCAAGCGUGCCAAGGCUUAUACAUCUACUAAUUAUUAUGCCAAUCCGGACGACGAGCAGCUCUUCCCACCGGAAUUGAAGGCAUUGUUUAGAGAUCUGGACUGUGGUCUGUGCAAGAGCAAAAUGAAUUCCCACAUCUCCGCCAACGUGCACUAUCAAUCGAAGGUGCACGAGAAGAAAAUCAUCCAAUGGCUGACGGACUGGUGCGAGCGUACCGGAACACCUAUGCCGUAUCGGGCCAAGCGGAAGCCCGUACCGGUGGAACCGGUUGGGCCAAAUUCAUUGCGCUGUGAGGCAUGUGAUUUGCCGCUGACUUCGAUCCAGCAUGCCAAUCAGCACUACACUGGAAAACGGCACCGAAUGGUGGUUAGCGGCAAGAAAACCCCGGCCGGCAGGGGCUACUUCAACAAGGAUGGCCAAUGGACUAGACGCCAUGCAGUCUCAGACGGUGAUCCAGAUAGAUUUGGAAUUGGUCAAUCGUUUGCUAAUAAGAAUCACUACAGCGUCAGCGAAGCCAAAAGAAUGCGGUUGGAGCCUCCGCCAGCAGUUCCGGAGGGAUUGCUCGAGGGUACUAACAUUGAUCCGGCCAUAAGUUCGGUGCCUAUAACUACAAGCGUAGCUCCACCUGUUUCAGUAAUACCACAACCAGUGGUGGUUCCACCUUAUGCACCACCUGUGGUUGUCGCACCUGUCGUGCAACCCGCCAAAACUUUGGAGGCCGAGGUGCGCAAAAAGGAAAGUGCCGACUGCGUCGAUGACAGUGGAGUAUUCUGCAAGGUCUGUCAAAUAGCGGUCACUUCCGCGGCCGUUAUGGAAACCCAUUUGAAAGGCGUUAAGCAUUUGAAAAAGUUGAAAUCGAUUGGUCGCAUGCCCCCGCCAUCUAGGAAUUCUUCGUCCAGUGCUAAAGGUGGCUGCAACGCUGAGACUAUUCUAGCUGCUUUGACUAGCCCUCAGCCAGCGCAAAUGGAUUGGUCAUUGUACCGGAUGCCAUCCGGUAAGUAUUAUUGUAAGACCUGCAACUGUAUAAUGGCAGAUGAAAAAUUGUUCUCCCAACAUUGGUACGGUAAGAAACAUAAACUAAAGGCCAAACAAGAAAUGGAAGAUGCGUCCGGAAUUGACAAAAAGCCAAAAAGCAUUGGGUACCGUCGUUUCAAGAAGCCGUUCGUUCAAUAAGAUGCACACCGGACCAGAGGGAUGAGUUCAAUACUUACGAAGUUUAUUCUAGAGUUUAACUUACUGAACUAAAAAGCAUCACUUUUAUUAGAUUUUUCAAAUAUAUAAGACAUAAUGAAUCCAAUCUUCAUCGUCUACAGAUAACAAGUUUCUUAUGUUUUUUAUCGCUGAUAAUAGUGAUAAUGCUAAUGAUAUGAUAUUGCUAACGAAAAACUUAACAUAAUACUAUCAUUAUAUUCAAUAACUUAUCAAUAAUAUCUUACAGUACUCGAAAGUUGGGUCUUUAAGAAAAUCCAGUCAUUAUUGUCUAAUAAUUGCCUGGAACAGUUUAAAAUUAACUGGGAAAUAAAAAGUUGAACUUUUUAAUCACAGCAUACAUUGAGUAAUAACCUUCAACGAUAUGAAAAAAUGUAAUUUAUAAACAGCAUAUGCUGGAUAAACGUUGUGCCCUUCAUUAAAGAACUGUGGAAACAGUGGAGAAAAAUGUUUGAUUCGAUCCAUACAUUCUGUCCAUAUGUUUACUCGAAUAAAUGUGUGUAAAAAAAGUCCAUCGUUAUGAUUUUGAAAGAAAUUUCCGUGUGAACAGGAUCGAUCAUAACACCGCUAGCCAUGAUGGUCUCCAAUAGCGGAAGGUCCGAAAGAGCUUGAAACUAUUGAGAAAUCAUCAUGUCUACAGGUCGUAAGCCCUGAUAAAGUGUGGAACGUUUUGAUGGCUGUGAUCCCUGACCAUCAUGUCAAAACCCAGGGAUACCCAAGUGACCAUACUGUUAGGGUGUAGGGGUUGCAUGUGUGAGGCGCAUAUAUUGACAGGCAUUGCUAUGGACCGUUAGGGCUGAGUAGGGUCGAAGAAUGGAUCUACGAUUGCUGAAUUAUACUGAAAAACUCGUGAUUCAGCAGUGGUGGCACCGCUUUCCGCUUUUGUUCGGCCUUGGUGGUUUGUGUGGGGUGGUGCGUGUCGGUGUGUGUGUGCUUUGUGCGUGUGGUGCUUACGGCUUCAGCAGGGUGGUUACUUGGGUAGUGUGGGAUAAUUGGGUUUGGGACUGAGGGGGUCGUCGUUGAUAAGGCCGACAUCAUUGAGUGCUCAGUGUUGGCGGUUGUAUUGGUGACGAUUUCUUCAGCCUUAAGAUCUCAUUUAUACCACGCACAGAUUUUUGGGAAGAGGGAGUACUUUGUAAUGCAAGAGAGGGACUUAAACUCUGCGUUACGGGUUGGGCGAGGUCAUACAGAUAGACUCAACCCAGGUGACCGUGCGGCUCGGACAGUGAUGCAUGAAUGAGUGCGGUGUGGGUGAGGUGCGCUGCCCUGUGGGUGCAGUUGAGUCCGGGUUGGAGUGGAAAGAGACCCUUCUCUACUCUAGGUCGGGUUCGGUUGUACGGGCGUGGUAGUGUUUGUCUUAUUUGUGCCGUGUUGUGCGUGAUUUGCGGCUCGAGCUGUGUGGUUACUUGGGAAGUAUUGUGCUCUGUAAUCUAGAUUUUGGUUUUAAGGUGAAGCUAAGGCUGGGCUGUGCCUCGGAUUUGUUGGGCGCAGGUCGGGAGAGCUGGUGGCAGUUUGUGCUGGGGGGUUUACUCGAUUGGUUAUUCACUGAUGGUGGCCAGUCGAUCGACUUAUCGGCGCUGCCUGUCAUUUGGUUCUUGGGGUUUGUGCUCUCGAGGUUCGGGGCGUUGCUUCGUUGUAUCUUCGCUUUAAUACUAAUAUUCCUUGUUUGAUUUAACUGACUGUUUUCUACAGGCGUUUAAC